GCACAAGCAGAGACCGGUCGGUCGGAGCUAAUAUCUUGACUGUUCAGGCUUUUUGCUGCUGCGAAGAAGACGUGGAUCUCUGCACCAGUAGCGAUUAGUUCGAGCCGGCAAUUCGUGCUGGCUUACCCGUCGUCUUCCUACGAGAGAUAGAGACGAUAUUCGGCAAGACGGACAGAGAGUGAAAGAUAUCAGGGACCUCAUCAGAGUUAUAGUGUGGCAAACAGACAAUGCCUCCCCCACCCCCUCCCCCUCCUCCGCCUCCUCCCCUUCCUACCUCAGCUGGGGGGCCCCCAGCUAAGAAACAGCUCCCACCUCCCCCCAUCACAAACGGCAGGGGCCCUCCCGUCAGAAAUUCAGUACCCCCGGCCCCCGCUCCCAAACGAGUGUCGAGAAACGUACAAUCGAAAGUUCCCCUCAUGCCCUCUUUCGCAUUGCCAGGCCUAGCUGGAGCCAGAAAUUCAUCAGUUGGGGGUCCACACUCCCCUAAGAACUCUUCGCCAGGGGGACCGCCAAACCCCCCUCCUCGUCUGCCCCCCGGUGGAGCUCCCCCAGUAACGAAAGGGGGCCCCCCACCGCCGCCACCACCAACUAGAAUUUCUUCAGCGGUUCCUCCACCGCCCCCACCCCCACCAAUUGGGGGUCCAGUAUUGCCAGCUGGGGGGCCACCGCCUCCCCCUCCUCCAAUCGCGGACGGCGGACCCCCUCCUCCUCCUACCCCUCCCCCUGUAUUGACAUGGGGUCCUCCAGAAUUCCCCACAGGGGUUCCACCGCCCCCU